AUGGCAGAUAGAUUAACUCAAUUACAAAUUUGUUUAGACCAGCUAAUUCAACAAUUCAAUUCAACGAUAAAUUAUGUCAAUACCAGUGCCGAACCCAGUCUAUUAGAUGACGAUGAUGUCAACUCCUAUUCCAAUAUGGCAGCUAAUGCCCCAUUGCCACAAUCCCAACAACAACGGCAACAACAAAAGAAACAACAGGAACCACAGCAAGAAAUAGAACAACCACAACAACAAAGUAACCCUGAAUCAAAGAGUAUUUCUCCGCCAAAAGAAAAAGUGAGUUUUGAUAAUGUAAUCAAUGAGUUAUGCACAGAUUUAAUUUUGAAAAGUCGACAAAUCAAAAUGUUAAUUGAUUCAUUACCUGGUAUAGGAGUUACACCCAAUGAACAAAUGAAUCUAAUCAAUGAAUUAAGUGAUAAAUUGCAAGCUAUAGAAGAAGAAAGAAUUCAAAAAAUCAAAGAAAAAGAUAAUCUAUUAAAUCUAUUAGAAAGUAUGAUUAAAGAGGUAGUUAAUGGUAUAACCGAAACAAGAAUAUGA